AUGAUUAAUAGCGUUUUCAACCAAAAUCCUUUAUCAAUUGCAAUACUAAAAGGAUUCAAAAAUUGCAUCACCUCAGUCAUUCUCUCACUUGAUAAUUAUCUAGUGAUUCACCCUUAUUCCUUAAAGAAUUUGAGCAUUGACAGCUUAAUCAAGCUCAAUCUUUCAAGCUGCGGCUCUUUAGUGACAUUUUAUCAAUCAAUAUUUAGAAAAGAUACGAGUGAGCACCUCGCCAAAUUUUGCUGUAACUCAGCGCAGCUUCCAGUUCAGUUCUUAUCAAAAAAUAUUUACAUUGAAAAUCGCAAUCUUCUUAGCAAAGAAGCUUUAAAAGAACAAGAAAAGCCUAUCGCGUUUAUGUCUUCACAUAUUUUGUUAGACCUGACUUUUGGGUCGCAGAAAUCAAUUGAUUUUCUAUAUAGCAUUCAUGACUCUCCAAAUCCAAAUAUCAUUAUGACUUCUUUAAUUCAAGAUAUCAUUCGUUAUAAGUGAAGAAAAAUCAGCUGGGUAAUGUAUUUUCAAGCCUUUGUCUAUAUGCUGUAUAUGCUCUUGCUUUCUUUUUAUGUUCUUUAUUUCAUUGAAAAUGAUAGCUUCCUAUUCGUUUUGUUCUUUUUAAGCAUGCUUCUAUCGCUUUAUGAGGUCUAUCAGUUCUUUGCUUCUCCGCUGAGUUAUAUCAAAGACCUAUGGAAUUAUAUAGAUAUUGCACGAACAAUUUCUUCAAUCUUAUACUUUGUUAUAUCUUUAACUACUUCAGCUUCAACCAUAACGCGCGAAGUGCUUUCAUUUUUAGUCAUAAUUUCAUGGCUGAGAGGAAUAGCUUAUUUUAGAGUGUUUUCAAAUACAAGAUAUAUGGUAAAUCUCAUCUCAGAAGUAAUUAAAGACAUGACUUCUUUUUUAAUCCUCCUUUUUUAUUCAACUCUUUCUUUUGCAUUUAUCUUUUUGGUGCUAGAUAACAAUAACCCUCAGUUUAUUGACUAUCUAAAAAUAUCUUACAGAUUUGAUGUAGGAGACUUUGACACCGCUGAUAUGAACUCAAUGCAGUGGAUUUGCUUCUUUUUGGUUUCCAUGAUCAACAUGAUUGUCAUGCUAAAUUUACUUAUUGCAAUUAUGGGGGACACUUUUGGAAAAGUCCAAGAAAACUACCAAAUUGUGACAGCCAUGAGCUUUUAG